AUGCUGGCGCUGCUCUGUGCCUACCUGCUCCUGACAUCCCGCACCUCGGAAGUCUCCGCCGACCCGGACCUGGAGCAGCCCGGCUCCCGCAUGCAGGAGCAGAUCCGCGACAUGCACGCCAAAGUGACGGAGAUCUGGCGGGAGCUGACGCAGCGGUGGGCGGCGGGCGGAGGCCAGGACGCCGCGCUCCACGCCACCUGCCAGGUGCUGCCGUCGGCCACGCUGGACGCGGCGCAGCCCCAGGUGAGCGGUGUCGUGCUCUUCCGGCAGCUCCGGCCCGGCGCCUUGCUCGAGGCCUUCUUCCACCUGGAGGGGUUCCCGGCCGAGCCCAACGGCACCAACCGCGCCAUCCACGUGCACCAGUUCGGGGACCUGAGCCAGGGCUGCGACUCCACCGGCGCGCACUACAAUCCGCUGGCCGUGCCGCACCCGCAGCACCCGGGCGACUUCGGCAACUUCGUGGUGCGCGACGGCCAAAUCUGGAAGUACCGCUCCGGCCUGGUCGCCUCGCUCUUCGGCCCGCACUCGAUCGCGGGCCGCGCCGUGGUGAUCCACGAGGGCGAGGACGACCUGGGCCGCGGUGGCAACCAGGCCAGCCUGGAGAACGGCAACGCGGGCCGCCGGCUCGCCUGCUGCGUGGUGGGCCUGUGCGGGCCGGGGCCCUGGGCGCGCCAGGCACAGGAGCACGCGGAGCGCAAGAAGCGGCGGCGAGAGAGCGAGUGCAAGGCCAGCUGA